UAAUGAACCGGAAAAGCGGAAGAUUUGUCAUAUUGCAAUUUCUCAGCUUCCAAACUAAACCUAAUCAGAGUUCCUAGUUUCCUCUCAGAUUCGUGUUUCAGCUUUCAAAGGUUUUCUUGCGUGCUCUUUUGCUCCAAGUCAGUACUAUUUGUUAGCGAUGGCGGAUGAAGAGCCCGUUGAUCAGAAGAGGUAUCUUGAAGAAGCUUGCAAACCCAAGUGUGUGAAACCACUACUUGAAUAUCAGGCAUGCGUGAAGAGAAUCCAAGGAGAUGACAGUGGUCAUAAGCAUUGCACUGGACAAUAUUUUGAUUACUGGUCUUGCAUUGACAAAUGUGUUGCACCAAAACUAUUUACGAAACUAAAGUAAUGGGAGAGAGUUGUUAGGGAUGUGGGGAUCCUAUCCUUUUGCUUUUGCAGCAUUUUUCUGAUUUUUUAUGCAAUGUCGUUUUGUGAACUUGAUUUUUGCAUCAACAAAAAAUGCCAGGGCUGUGAAAUUUUAUAAAAACUGUCAUAGACCUUUAACCAUGGUCAAUAAGAAAGGAGAUUGGAUUCACGUUGGGA